CAGCUUCUUGUUAUUAAGGAAGAUGGAGGUUUUCUUAAAGUUGUUUUUUGUGUGUUUAAUGUUCGUAUCCAGUAUCUUUGGGGUAGAGAUUAUUGACGUAGUAGAACAAUCAGUCUUUGGGCAGGGCAAUGAAUGUUAUGGCACCCAUGUUGGUUUUGGUUACUCUGGAAGUGCUGAGUUCCACUAUGAAUCACUUUUAAGGCGGUACAGGGGAUGUAAACAUGUAGAGGGAAAUCUAGAGAUCACAAACCUCCAGUCCUCAGCCAAAAUCUCGUAUGACCUUUCCUUCCUUUCCCAGAUCGAGGUUGUGACGGGUUACGUUCUGCUUGGUCUCUUGGACAUGGAGUCCAUACCCCUAACUAACUUAAAACUAAUUCGCGGUGACAACAUGUUCAAUAUCAUGGGAGAGGAUUAUGGCCUCGUUGUGGCAUUCACAGAUUCCGCGGGAAAAGAUAAUCAGAAAGGACUAAGAGAGUUGCAGCUCCCAGCACUACGGGAAAUCUCUAGAGGACGCGUGUUGUUUCUGCAGAACCCACUACUGAACUUUGUGAAUACUAUUGCCUGGAAUGUAAUUGUCCCAGGGCUGAAAAACCCAGUUACGUACGGAGAAAGCGCCUACAAUAUGACAAGUCUUGAAGUGUGUGACCAGGCAUGUGUAAAAGAAAACGAGGCUUACUGCUGGGGAAAGGGGCCUAAUAUGUGUCAAAUCGUGCACUUUCCAGUCUGUGAUGAACUUUGUCCAGGGCGUUGCUAUGACAGCACAAUAGUGGGAUGUUGCCAUCCAGAAUGCGCAGUGGGUUGCACGGGACCAAGCAACACUCAGUGUUUAAUGUGUAAAUACUUUAAGUCUGGUGACUCCUGUGUGUCCAGCUGUCCUGGGGAAGUCUCAACACGCAAUGGACAGGAUUGUAUCAUGAAAGACCCUGACGCAACGCCAUGGAGUCAAGACCUCAACGUGUAACACUACUCACGUGACAAGAAUUGAUAAAAAAAAAAAAACACUACUGUCAUUUGCUGUACCUUUGUGACUUUUAAUAUUUUUUUGUAUAAAAGAUUCAUUAAUAUUGUUUAAAGUCAUUUUCCCACGUGCCAAAUUUUAUGUUUCUCAUGAUUGUACAUUCCCCAUGGAUAGAUGAUUAAUAGUUGCAAUUAUAUAUUGUUCGUAAUUCUGUGUGUACGUCGAUCAAGAAAAAUAACUGGCAUUAAAAUUUAUUUCCUAUUCGUA